AUGCCCGCCCUCUCGAACGACCACCCCCUCGUCGCCUUCGCCUCCUCGUUCGGGAUCGAACUCAACGACGUGGAGAUUUACGAGGACGAACGCACGAACGACCGAUCCGUUCGCGUCCGUGAAGGAUCGACCUUGAAGACCAACUCGGUGGCCCUGAGAGUCCCCUUCAGCGCGUGCGUCGGGACAUCCGGAUUAAGAUGUGGAAAGAACGUCUGCCCGCUGGACGACGGCGCGGUUGGGUCGUCGAGGGAGUUUUACACGGCGAGCGAUCGAUUGGCGGCGACGUUAGCGGCGACGCGAGCGGAGAAUGGGACGCAUGAGGCGUAUUGCGUCGCGCUGCCGGGACGAGUGGAGACGCCGACGACGGAGUGGACGAAAGCGGAGAUCGGGGAGCUCGGAUUCGUCCGAGCGAUCGCGAACUGCGCGAAGACGAAAUCGCGCGACGAUGAGGUCGAGCGGAGAUUGUUGGAGAAAUACGGGGCGGAGAGUUGGGCGAAGCAUUUCGCUUGGGCGCGCGCGUGCGUUCGGAGCCGAGCGGUGGGAUUGGAGCACGGCGAGAGUUUUCUGGCCCCGGUACUGGACAUGGUGAAUCACUCGCACACCGCGGCGAACGUAAAGUGGGACCCGAGCGAUGACGGCGACGCGGUCGUGCUGCGAGCGCUCAGGACGAUCGAGAGUGGGGAGGAGCUAUUGACGCAGUAUGCGUGCGAACCCGCCGAAUCGUUUUUGCUGCACAUGGGAUUCGUGGGCGGGAUGAAUCCGUAUGACCGUGUUGAGCUUUGGACAUCGCUCGAGGCCGCGGCGGAUUGGUUCGCGGAGACUUUCAAGAGCGAGCGUGGAGAGGUGGUUCUGGACAAGGCGGCGGGUCGACAAGUCGCGAUGGAACUCGAGGCGCAGCAACGAGCGCGAGAGCGCGCGUCUAUCGUCGGUUUAGCGGGCGGUGCCGACGCCGUAGCCGAUGAAUCGGCUGAGAUUAGGCUUCGAGAGGUGCAGUCGACGCUCAUGGGACCGAGCGUGGGAUGGAAGACGGAUUAUGACGAGGCGUUGUGGUUGAUGUUCAGACACUUCACCAAGGCGCUCAUGCCGGAUGAAAACGCCGACCACAUCGUGUUGCACGCCAUCAAGAAGCGAUGCGAGGAAAUGCUGAUGUCCAUGAGGACCACGAUCGAGGAGGAUGAGAAGCUAUUUUCUGCCGAAGAUACGCCGCCCCGAUUGCGUCUCGCCGUGGAGUUCAGACUGUACAAGAAGUGUUUGCUUGUCAAGCACUUGCGGGAGUCAUCAUAA